AUGCCACCUAAAAAGAAGCCACCCAAAACAAGAGAAGAAAUAUUAGAACAAAAACGAAUAGCUGAACAAUUGAGAUAUCAACGCCUUAAAAAUGACCCUCAAAAACUAGAAGAAAUGAAAGAAAAAGAAAGGCUGAAAUACCAAAAGAAGAAAGAAAAAGGGAGCAUAAAAUUGGUUAAGGAUAUGAGUCGUCGCGAGCAUAGGGCUGCUAAAAAGACUUGGAAAGAGCGCUGUACUAAAUAUCAUUCUACUACUGGCCCAACAUUAGAAUGUCCGGCGCCAUUAAGGUCGUCAGAAAAUGCAUUAGUUGAGGCAAGAAAGAAACAGGCUAGAAAGAAACGUGCAAAGAUAUUGAAAGAUAAAGACAAUAAGAUUCAACAAUACAAACAGAAAUUGGAAAAAUAUAAGAAAAGAUUACAACGGUUGGAACAAAAACUUAAUAAAAACGGUAAAAAAGAUGAGACACCUAACACAAAACUAACACGAAUGUGUGUCACUCCAUCAACUCGCAAAGACGUUGUUAAGAAGGCACUUUUUGGGGAAGUAUUAAAUAAACAAUUAAAAGAAAACUAUGCAGGAUUACAAACACAAAAAGAGAAACAUAUUUUUGGAAAAGUUAUAUCAGGUGAAUUGGUUGAAAAAUAUAAGUUAUGGAGGAGCCAAGAAAGUGUGGUGUCCUAUAAGAGGCUUCAGAAAAUUAAAAAUCUAUCAUUAUUACCCACAACACGGACUCGACUACCACUUAUUGCAUCCGAACAUAUGAAGAUAGUACAAAAUUUUUAUGAAAAUGAUGAUAAUAGCAGAAUUGGUGCAGGAAAACGGGAAUGUGUAACCAAGAACAGAGUCAACAAGCAAAAGAGAUACUUGCUAGAUACAUUGACCAAUUUGUACCAGAAAUUUAAGAGUAAUCACUCAGAGUUUGAUGAUAGCAAGCCUAUAGUGUAUAAAAAAUGGAUAGCUGAGAAACAAGAUUACAAAGAUCCAAAGUUAAAUAAAGUACGAUCUAUAACAAAAUAUGUGAAAAAGAAAAUUACGGUUAGUCCUCGUGAAUUAAUACAAGAACUACACGAUGAACUGGAUGCGUAUUAUAACCACGAAAGAAACAUAUUUCAUCAGUACACAGCUAUCAAAGAGUUAAAAGAGAAUCUUAAUGAUAAUGAAGUUGUUAUACUCAUGGACUUUUCAGAAAAUUACUGUACCAAGUACAGUGAGGAGAUACAGGCCUAUCAUUUUGGAGGUUCUAGACUUCAGCUUAGCCUUCAUACCGUGGUAGUUUACACUAAAAAUGCCUUAAAAUCCUAUUGUACUGUUUCCCAAAAUACUACACACUCACCUGCUGCUAUUUGGGAACAUUUGAAGCCUAUUUUUAGAACUUUACCAUCGCAUAUUACCGGCAUUCAUUUUGUGAGCGACGGACCCGUUACACAGUAUCGAAAUAAAACGAUGUUCCAUAUUCUGGCUUCGAGGCUACAUGUGGAGGUUCCAAAUGUAGAAAAGUUCUCCUGGAAUUUUUCAGAGAGUGACCAUGGCAAGAGUGCCGCAGAUGGUAUUGGCGCCACGUGCAAAAGAUCUGCUGAUGCUGUCGUUGCUGCAGGAGGAGAUAUCGAUAGUUUGGAAUCUUUUAUAGACUCUGUACGUCAAAGGUGUCCUUCAAUCACUCUAUUUACAGUUGACGAUGAUGCAAUAAAAAAAAUGGCUAUCGAUAUUCUGAAAGACGCCAAAAAAUUAAAAAGCUUUUAUGGCACCCUUAAAAUACAUCAGAUUAAGGGAAAGAUAUCACGCAGUCCUUUGGGUUUGCCACAAGGCACUGCCAAACUUAUAAUGAAGAGCUUAAGCUGCCCUUGUGAAGAAGAAUGCCAGCAUUUUAACCUAGGUGUUAUGAACUAUGAAGUGGCAAAACUUCACGUCGAGGAUUUCUACACAGACUCCGAUUCCGAAGACGAAAUCCCGCUAGCUCAAAUCCCACGGAAUAAUGACUGCAUUACACAGACUGUCCUUUUAAGACCGAUUGAAAAUACUAAGACUGAUCUUGAGAAUACUGCGGAGCCUAGUACAAGCGGCCUUCAGCAAACUUAUUAUAACAGUGGUGAUUAUGUUUUAGUUAAGUUUACUGUCGGGAACAGGGAAUAUCGUUAUGCUGCUGUUGUUAAUAAAGUAGAUGAUGAGGACGGCGAACUAACAGUGACUUUUCUGAAAAUUUGUGAUAACAAAGGUUACACGUUUAGAAUAGAUGAGAAUGAUAUGUUUGAUGUCGGUUUUGACCAAAUAUUGGAAAAGUUGCCUGUUCCGAACUUGAUUGGAUACCCAGAAAAGACUGUUUUUACAGCUUCAGAAGAAAAAGUACUGUGUGACUAUCUUUUAAACUGUGCUGCUGCUAACUUUGGCCUAAGAACUAAGGAAGCCAGAACUUUUGCCUAUAGCUUGGCUGUUAAAUAUAAUAAAAAAAUUCCUUCUUCUUGGACUGAGCAUGAAAUGGCUGGAGAGGUUUGGCUUCGAUCUUUUAUGAAGCGUCAUCCGGUUGUUUCUCUAAGACUACCUCAACCUACAAGUAUCGCUCGAGCUACAAGUUUUAAUAGAACCAACGUGCAACUUUUUUUCCAAAAUUAUACCUCAGUAGUUGACAAAUACAAGUUGCAAGCAAAGGAUAUAUGGAACGUUGACGAAUCGGGCAUCACGACUGUUCAGAAACCGGACCGCGUCAUUGCUCGACGAGGACAGAAACAAGUGAGUGCCAUGACUUCCGCAGAGAGGGGAACAUUAGUUACUAUAGCACUAGCAGGAAAUGCACUUGGGAACCACAUAGUAUUAUAUAGAGACUAG